AAGACAACUCCAGUCCAGUCCAGGGCCGGGCUAACACACACUCAGUGACUGAGUCAAGACGCAGUAGAGUGCUCGCAACCAUUGUUGCCGUGGUGACUUGUUUUGAGACUUGCCUUUAUUCUACUGUUUAUUCAUUACCGAGUUAUUUCUUAAGCUAUCGGAGGAAAUGGAGGAUGUUGAUACUUGUCAACUGUGCUAUGAAGUUUACGAUGAAGAAACAAGAAGACCUCGUGUGCUACCCUGUGGCCAUAGUUACUGCACUGACUGCAUAACCAAACUAAUUGUGAAUGGUAAACCUUCAUGCCCAGAGUGCAAUACAAACUUUGUAGCUUCAGAUUCAUCACGAAUUCCAGUAAAUUAUGGGAUGGAAAGGUUUAUUUCUGCUAUGAAAGAAAAGCAAUUAGGCACCAUUUGUAAACCGCAGUCACUGCACAAAAUUAGAACAAUGCAAGACAUGAUUGAUUCUCAUAAAUCAAGUGCCCUUAAUCUACUUCUUUCUUCUGAAGCAUUGGAGAAUCAGUUGUCAGAUUAUUUAGAUUUUCUACAGAAAAGCAUAAAAUCGCACAAAGAAUUGGCUGUAAAGUUGCACAAUAAGGUCGGCUGGCAUGAAUCUCUUGUAAAACAGAUGACAGAAGAGCAAGAGAAGACAAAGGAAGCACAGAAGCAAGUGAUAAUUUACAGCAAAAACAUGAGAGCUAAUUUACCUGAACUAGAUUGUGGAGACAGUAAUGAAGCUGUUUCCAUUGCCGUGGCCAAAGUAGCUGAAACUUUUGGUGAACUUGCCAAUUGUCUAAGCAAUUGUCAGGCAAACCUUCCUAACCCUACAGUUGCGCUUGCACAGAAGACGCUAAUGAAGAAUGAGGCAUUGUUACAUGAAGAGGACUCUAAUAAUGAAGAGGACUUCUAUGCUUCCGUUUUGUCCAGCAGAUAUUUCACAAUUUUAGAGAAGAUAACUUUAUGCACCAAUGGGAAAUUAUCAUUCACUGUGGAUCAACUCAAGUCUGACCCGGAUACCUGGAGGGAAAGAAUAAAAUCCGGCAGAGUUUUUGCGGUAUCUUCUGUUGAUGGGCGUAACAGAUCUGCAUCUCUCUCGAUGAAGGAUGGACGAGUGUACCUUCACUGCUUGAAAGAUGAAGAAGCUCCACUGGUUAGCUGCCAAAUUGAGCACAGUGAAAUUGUCAAUUGCAGUGGAGAAGCUUCAACUGUUGCUUUCUUCGAUCUGGAAUGGGACGGUUCCACUAAAGGGCGAAUUCAUAUCCUGAUGCCUUCCAAUACUCCUUUGGCACAGCACUUCAGAGCUGUCUGCACUGGGGAAUUAGGACUCACGUACAUAAACAGGAAACUCGUUCGUGCAAGUGAUACUGCAAUAUCAUGUGAAUCUUACAAUGUCAGUAGUACACAAGAAGGCUUACGCCAUUUGAGGCUCAUAAAUCUAAAUGAUAACUUGUAUAUGUGUGUACCUGAAACUGGAACCAUUUGGAUGGUACCGAAUGGCUCAUUCCAGAUUGUAACUUGUUCAGUAGGCUGUAAUCUGUAUCCUCAAGUUUUUGGUAAAGUUAAAGAUGACAUUAUAAUGUUGAGUAAAGUUGCAGAACGGUUACGAAAGGGAUUCAAUGACAUUAAAAUUGUUGGAAGUGGUGUUGUUUUGCAAGUCUGAAACUCAAGGUCUAAUUGAAAAAUUUCGUCUCCAUAUCCAAUUAUUAUGACAUAACUAAAAGUAAGUCCUUUUAUUGCCUUGUUUAUAAUUUUGUAGGGAUCUAAUUCACUGCACUGUAUACAUUAUCAUUUGAUAUAAAGGUAAAUAAAGAUAGAAAAGUGGGGACAUCUUGACUCAAUGGGAAAUAACUUUUCAGCUUUUUAAUCACAUUAAAUCUAGGACCUCUAACCUUGUGGAAUGCAGUUCAUCAUUAAAAUGGCAUCUCUGAAAUGGCUUGGAAAUUGUUUAAAAUUUUGCUAGAAAGGAAGAUUACAUAGAUUUUGAAAGUUGAUGAAGCUGCAUGUAAAUGAUCUUUCCGUUACAAAUUGCAUUAGCUUGUCACAGCUCCUCAGGAAAAAGGGACAGAGGGUAUUGUACUUCAGCCAAAGCCGCCGAGUUUGUAGCUUGCACCACUCCUAAGUGACCCCCAAAGAUUUACGUAAAUUUUUUUACCAGCAUUUUAUCAAUAAUAAUUUAUACAUACCAGAGCUCAGAUUAAAUGUUUUUCCUGAAUACUUCCUUAUAAAAGCAGACUCAAUUGUAUUCCUGUUAAUAUAAUUAUUACAAAAUAAACAUUUCUGCUGCCUUUGUAAAAUCGAUAGCAUGAUGAAAAUUACUAAGGUGAAUAAAAAUGGAAUUACA